UGGCCAAUUAAGUACAACUGCUGUGAAACGUUUCCUCUCUUGAAACAUUUGCCUCAGGACCCGGCAGAGAAAACGUGACGCACACAAAAUAUUGCGGGGAUGAAAGGAGGGGCACUUUUGAAAACGAAAGUGCUUUUAACAGGACCUCCACGAAAGAUCGCUUUCUUAUCGGUCUGUUUACAAUGUCUGGACCAAUUUAGCUUUGAGACUCCUGUUUUUCACCAUGGAAAGGAUCGACCAUCAACACUAAGGAAAAGUGGACUUGAGAUACAAGGAGGAAGUGGGUUGGAAUAACUGUACUUUUGAAAGUGAAAUAGAAAGUUCUUUUCAUCUGCUAUGCAAUUCAGCAUAGGAUUAUUCACUGCAGAGUGAUAUAAUCCGUAAUAAUUGAAAUGAACAACACUGUGAGAGAUCAUCUUUACAUAGCAUUGAAUAAUCUUCUUGAAAAGGAGUUUGAAGAGUUUAAAUGGUGGCUAAAAUCUAUUGACUACAAGGGAAAGGAAAACAUUCCUGUAGCUCGAUUGGAGAAAGCUAAUCAAUUAGAUGUUGCAGAUUUUCUGAUUCAAUAUUAUGAAGAAGAUGCUGUAGAUGUGUGCAUCAAUGUCCUUCAAAAAAGCAAUUUAAAUGAUAUUGCUAAAAAUCUUCAAGAAAUUGAACAGAAAGUUGCAGAUGUUGAUGCUCACCAACUUAUAUCAGAUUACAGAAAUGACAUUAAAAGAAGAAUUGAAAAAAUGAAAGAUCCUAAUGUUGUUCCUGGCGAAUAUGUGCUCCUAAAUCAGAGAUACUCAAAGCUAAUUAUCCUAGAUUAUCAUCGGUCUGAAGAUGAGAAGGAAGAUGAAAUCCUGGCGAUGGGAAGGAAACAUCUUGAAAUCAUCAGCAAAAGAGCUAAAUCUUCAACCAGCAUUGAAACAUUAUUUAACCCUGAUAAACAUGGAUCAAUUCCACAAGUUGUUGUGUUGCAAGGAGCUGCAGGAAUUGGAAAAACUAUGAUGGCCAAAAAAAUCAUGUUUGAUUGGGCUUCUCAACAACUUUACCAGGAUAGAUUUUAUUAUGUUUUCUAUAUUAGCUGUAGAGAGAUGAAUCUCCAUGCAGAGACAGAGAAAAGUAGCAUUGAAGAGAUAAUUUCAAAACAAUGGCCAAAGUGUUAUGCAGUAAAAAAUUUCAUUCAAAACAUACGCAAGAAUGAAGAGAAGAUUCUAUUCAUAAUUGAUGGGUUUGAUGAAUUCGGGUAUUCCUUUGAUCAUCCUGAAAGCUACUUUUGUACUAAAACCUGGAAGAAGGAGCCAGUGAGAAUUCUUUUGAGCAGUUUAUUUCAAAAAAAGCUUCUUCCUAAAUCCUCUCUUAUAAUCACAACAAGACCUACUGCUUUGGAGAAACUCCAUCGAUAUUUAGAAUAUCCACGGCAUUGUGAGAUAUUGGGGUUUUCCACAAAAGAGAGAGAAGAAUAUUUCUACAAUUUUUUUAAAAAUAAAGACCAAGCAAUUCAAGCUUUCAGACUUGUGGAACAAAAUGAUACUCUUUUCACCAUGUGUGUCAUUCCCCUUGUGAGCUGGAUCAUCUGCACAGUGAUGGAGCAGGAGAUGGAGAGAGGCAAGGAUCUUCAGAAGACACCAUGCACCCUCACUGCAAUCUAUAUACGGUAUUUCUCCAGUUUGUUACAGUUUCACCAUAAAGAAUCCAAACAGGAUGUCAAAUCCUAUGUGAAAGGCUUAUGUUCUUUGGCUGCAGAAGGCAUCUGGAAUCAGAAAACAUUGUUUUUGGAAGAAGAUGUCAAGGAGCACAUUUUGGAUCAGGGAGUCCCCCUCACCCUCUUUCUGAAUCAGAACCUCUUCAAGAGGGACAUUGAUUGUAUCCAAAUCUAUAGCUUUAUUCAUUUAAGUUUUCAAGAGUUUUUUGCUGCUAUGUUUUAUGUUCUAGAAGAAGGAGAUGAGCAGCAUUCUCAAAAUUGGAAUAAAAAUUUGCAGACACUGUUAGAAAGACAUAAAUCUUUUAAGCCUAAUUUUGCAGUUGGAUUGCACUUCCUCUUCGGGUUUUUAAAUGAAGAUAAAAGAAUGACAAGAUUAAAACAAAAAUUUGGAUGGCAAAUUUCUCCUAAGAAUAAAGAAUUCUUGUUAGACUGUGUGAAAAAUAAUUUUAAAAAAAAUAGGCGUAAUUUCCAAUUGCAAAAAGAAAUGUUUGGUUAUUUAUAUGAGACACAAGAUGAAAAUUUUGUAAAAUAUGCAGUACAUGAUAUCACUGAAAUAAUUUAUCAGUGCAACUCAGAUAUGGACUUGAUGAUCCUGAGCUAUUGUAUACAACAUUGCCAGAAUUUGGAGCAUCUCCAUGUUAAAGUCCUUGAAUUUCUGUAUCCUACAGAGACCAAAUAUUUUCUUCCAGAAAAUGAGGAAGGGAGUUUGGAUGAAAGAUAUGUGGAAGGCCUCUUUAAAGCACUGACAGAACUGAGAAACUUAAGAGAGUUAAGCUUGGUAGGGUGGUCCUUCACAGAGUCUUACAGCAGGCAUCUUGUUGAAGUCUUUAAAAACAACCAGAGAUUGAAAGUGUUACAGUUGUCCCUUGACGAUACAGAUGACAGAGCAGCGGAAUUGCUGUGUGAGGGGCUCCAACACGCAGACUGUAAAGUAGAAACACUAGUGUUUACAGGAGAAUCCAUGACCGAAUUCUGUAGCAGGCAUGUUGCAGAAGUACUCUGUAAAAGCCAGAGUUUGAGAGAGUUAAAAUUAUGGCUGCACAAUCCAGAUGACAGAGUAGCGGAAAUGCUAUGUGUGGGGCUCCAAAAUCAAGACUGUAGAAUAGAGAAACUAGGGAUUGCUACAGAGUUUCUGACCAAUGUCUGCACCAGGCAUCUUGCAGAAGUAAUAAGGGAAAAUCAAAGAUUGAGAGAGAUAGAGUUUUCCCUCAAAAAAAUAGAUGGCAAAAUAACAGAAGUGAUGAAUAAGGGUCUCAAACAUGCAGAAUGUUUAAUUGAAAUGCUACAGCUUAUUGGACAGGUCCUGAUAGAAUCCAACAGCAGGGAUCCUGCGGAGGUACUGGGGACAAGCGAGAUAUUGAGAGCAUUAGCGUUGCCCGUGAAGGAUGAAUUUGACAAAGUAAUAGAACUGAUACUUGAAAUACUCAGUUAUCCAGAUAUAACACUAGAGUCAAUAUGGUAUUUGCUACAUUUCCUGUUAAAUUGCUUCGACACUGAGUUCCCAGAAUUACUCAGAAAGAACCAGACGUUGGGAGAGUUAGAGUUGUUGUCCAAAAACCCAGAUGACAAAGCAGUGGAAUUGUUUCUUGGGGGGCUCAAAGAUUUCGAUUAUAAAAUGGAGUUGAUAGUGCUUACUAUACAGUUUCUGAGUACAUCUUGCGUAAAGCAUCUUGCAGAACGUCUCAAGAAAAAACAGAGAUUUAGAGACUUAGAUUCAUUGGUGAACAACACUGUUGACAAAGUAUUAGAACUGCUCCUUGAGGAAUUCAAAGACCCAGAAUACACAAAAGAGGCAGCAUGGGAUGUUGGAUACUUCCCGAAUGAAUGCUGCAGCAAUUUACUUGAACUAGUUAGGGAAAAUCAUGGAUUUAGAGAAGUGCAAAAGUUACUGAAGAAUGCAAUUGCCAAAUUCAUAGAACUGCUGCUUGAGGUGUUCAAAGAUCCAGAAUGUACAAAAGAAAGAGUACAGAAUGUUGGACAAUUCCUGAAUGAAUUCUGCAGUGUUUUACGUAAGGGAUUCAGCAAACAUCAGGAACUGAAUGAAAUGGAGUUAUUCCUGAACAGCAUGAAUGACCAAACAAUGGAAUUACUGUGUGAGGGGCUCAAAGAUCCAGAAUGUAAAAUAGAGACCCUACGACUUCUUGGAAAAAUCCCAAAUGAAUAUUGCAGCAGGCUUUUUGUAGAGGUACUGAAGAAAAACCAGAGAUUGAGAGUGUUAAUGUUGUCCCUCAAGAAUUCAGAUGACACAGCAAUGGAACAGCUGUAUGAUGGACUCAAACAUUCAGAAUGUACAAUUGAGUCACUACAGCUUUUUGGGGGGAUCCUAACUGAUUCCUGCAGGAGGCAUCUUGGAGAAGUAUUUAGGAAAAACCCAACGUGCAAAGAGUUAAAACUGUCCUUCAAGAAUCUAGAUGAAAAAACAAUGGUGGUACUGUGUGAUGGGCUCAAAGAUCCAGAAAGUACAAUAGAGAUGCUACAACUUGAUGGAGAGAUUCUGAGUGAAUCUUGCAGCAGGCAACUUGUAGUAGUAGCCAGGAAAAACCAGAGAAUGAAUGUGUUGUGCUUGUCCUUCAAGAACCCAGAUAACAAAACAAUGGAGGUGCUGUGUGAUGCUCUCAAACAUUCAGAAUGUACAAUAAAGUCACUUCAGCUUGCUGGAGACAUCCUGACUGAAUCCUGCAUCAGACAUCUUGCAGAAGUAUUCUGGAAAAACCAGAGAUUGAGAGAGUUAAAGCUGUUCCUCCAGAAUCCAGAUGACAAAAUAUUGGAACUGCUGUGUGACAGCCUCAAACAUCCAAAAUGUAAAAUAGAGACACUACUGCUUGAUGGAGAGUUCCUGACAGAAUCCUGUAGCAAGCAUCUUGCAGAAGUACUCAGGACAAAUCAGAGACUGAGAGUGUUACACUUGUCCCUCAAAAAUCCAGAUGACAUAACAAUGGAGGGGCUGUGUGAGGGGCUAAAACAUUCCGAAUGUAGAAUAGAGACACUUGAGGUGGUUGGAGAAAUCCUAACUGAAUCCUAUAGUAGGCAUCUUGCCGAAGUAUACAGGAAAAACCAGAGAUUGAGAGAGCUAAAACUGUCCCUCAAGAACCCAGAUGAAAAAACAAUGGAGGUGCUGUGUGAUGAGCUCAAAUAUCCAGAAUGUAAAAUAGAGACAUUAGAGCUUGAUGGAGAAAUUCUGAGUGAAUCCAACAGUAGGCAACUUGCUGUAGUAGUCAGGAAAAAACAAGGAAAGAAUAUGUUGAGCUUGUCCCUCAAGAACCCAGAUGACAAAACAAUGGAAGUGCUGUGUGGGGUACUUGAACCCCCAAAAUGUACAAUAGAGACGCUACAGCUUGCUGGAGACAUAUUGACUGACUCCUGCAGCAGGCAUCUUGCAAAAGUACUCAGGAAAAAACAGAACUUGGGUAUCUUAUUUUUGUCACUCAAAGACCCAGAAGACAAAACGAUGGAAAUGCUGUGUGAUGUGCUCAAACAUUCAGAAUGUACAAUAGAGAUGCUACAGGUUGUUGGAGAGGUCCUGGCAGAAUCCUGUAGCAGGCAUCUUGUAGAAGUAUUCAGGAAAAACCAGAGAUUGAGGGUAUUAUACUGGUCUCUCAAGAACCAAGAUGACAAAGCAAUGGAAGUGCUGUGUGAGGGACUCAAACAUCCAGAAUGUACAAUAGAGAUGCUACAGCUAGAUGGUGGGAUCCUGACCGAAUCCUGCAGCAGGCAUCUUGCCAAAGUACUGAAAGAAAACCACAGGUUGAAUGUGCUAUACUUGUCCCUAAAAAACCCAGAUGACAAAGCAAUGGAAGCACUGUGUGAGGGACUCAAACAUCCCAAAUGUACAAUAGAGAUUCUACAGCUUGCUGGAGUGAUCCUGACAGAAUCCUGCAGGAAGCACCUUGAGGAAGUACUCAGGGAAAACCACAAAUUGAAUGUGUUACACUUGUACCUUGAGAAUGCAGAUGAUGAAACAGUGGAAGUGCUCUGUGAAGGCCUCAAACAUUCAGAAUGUACAAUAGAGAGGCUACAGCUUGUUGGAGAGAUCCUGACUGACUCCUGCAGCAGGAAUCUGGCACAAGUAUUCAAGAAAAAUGUGAGAUUGAGAGAGUUAAAGCUGUCCCUCAAGAAUCCAGAUGAGAAAACAAUGGAACUGCUGUGUGAAGGCCUCAAAUAUCCAGAAUGUAACAUAGAGACAUUACUGUUUACUGGAGAGAUCCUGACUGAACCCUGCAGCUGGCAUCUUGCACAAGUACUCAAGACAAACCAGAGAUUGAAAAGGUUAUACUUGUCCCUUCAAAACCCAGAUGACAGAACAAUGGAAUUGUUAUGUGAUGGGAUCAAACAUCCAGGAUGUGCAAUAAAGAAACUACAGCUUGCUGGAGAGUUCUUGACUGAAUCCUGCAGCAGGUAUCUUGCAGAGGUACUCAGGAAAAACCAAAGAUUGAGAAAGUUAGAACUGUCCAUCAAGAAUCCAGAUGACAAAACAAUGAAACUGUUGUGUGAAGGGUUCAAAGAUCCACAGUGUAAAUUGGAGACCCUACAGUUGAAUGGAAAAUGUAUUCUACAGAAUGGAAAAUGGAUGGAUGCAAACUAUACAAUCUUCCUUGUGAAUUUCUUCUGCUUUUUCAUGCUUGCUUGUUUGAUCUAUUUUUAUUUCCGUUAAGAAUAUGGUUAAUAAGAUUUGGAAUUUAAUAUAUUUCAAGUGAAGGUCUGAAGAACUUGCUUUCAACAACUAUAAUCUGAACUAAGGACUUUUCUCUCUUUGCAGCUAAAAAAUGCCACGCCAGAAAGAUAAAAGUUAGCCCACAAACUUGUUCAUGGAAAUAUGGAAAAUAAAUUAUAAUACUUCUUUUA